AUGGACUCGUCGAACUUUGCACCGCCUUGUCGUCAGUUAACUCCACCCUUCCAUCAGAUCCCGGCAUCCUGUUCGACUGUGGACGUCCGGGUGAUAGAUACUAAUACAUACCUUUACCUGAAGCCCGGGGCCUUCUACGAGCCAGCCAUCCCUAGUGACGGACCGCGCGUGCCCUCCUACUGCUUCCUCCUCUCGCAUGGCGAUCGCCACCUUGUUUUUGACUUGGGUGUGCGAAUCGACUGGCAGAAUUAUGCGCCCCAGAUCGUGCGGCUCCUCACAGCCACCACGGAGAUUACCUCAUGCGACAGGGACGUCGCAUCAGUGCUCGACAGCGACACCAGUGGGUUGACAAUCGCAGUUCUGACAUUGAGGCCAUCGUGUGGUCUCACAACCAUUUCGACCACACCGGCGACCCGUCCCGUCCCGAUGGCACUGUCCUGGACAGUGACGCCGUGGGUCGCGAGAUUCGUGAAAUAA